UUUUCCGAUGCACCUCGAGCUCUGCCAGAGAAGCAGGGAUGUCAGACACGGAGGAGGUCACCGAGGAGUACGAGCAGGAGCAGGAAGAGGAGUGCGUGGAAGAAGGUCAGGAAGAGCAGGUAGAGGAGGCAGAGGAGGAGACCCAAGAGAGCAAGGCAGAAGAGCAAGAAGAUGAAACUAAAGCAGCAGGAGAAGGUGGAGAGGGAGACCGGGAGCAGGAGCCCGGGGAAGGUGAAUCGAAGCCAAAACCCAAGGUCUUCAUGCCCAACCUGGUGCCUCCCAAGAUCCCAGAUGGUGAGAGACUGGAUUUUGAUGACAUUCACCGCAAGCGCAUGGAGAAGGACCUGAACGAGCUGCAGGCCCUCAUCGAAGCCCACUUUGAGAGCAGGAAGAAAGAGGAAGAGGAGCUCCUGUCCCUGAAGGACAGGAUUGAGCAGCGGCGAGCGGAGCGGGCGGAGCAGCAGCGGAUCCGCAGCGAGCGGGAGAAGGAGCGCCAGGCCCGCAUGGCCGAAGAAAGAGCUCGCAAGGAGGAGGAGGAGGCGCGGAAGAGGGCGGAGGAGGAGGCACGGAAGAAGAAGGCAUUCUCCAACAUGCUGCACUUUGGGGGUUACAUGCAGAAGUCAGAGAAAAAGGGUGGAAAGAAGCAAACGGAGCGGGAAAAGAAGAAGAAGAUCCUCAGUGAGCGACGGAAGCCCCUGAACAUCGACCACCUCAGCGAGGACAAGCUGAGGGACAAGGCCAAGGAGCUGUGGCAGAACAUCCAUGACCUGGAGGCUGAGAAAUUUGACCUGCAGGAGAAGUUCAAGCGGCAGAAAUACGAGAUCAAUGUCCUUCGAAACCGCAUCAGUGACCACCAGAAAGUCAAAGGGUGAGUACAGGCAUUUCUG